UCCCCCAGCUCUUGUCUAUCCAUGCUAACCUAAUGUCUCCACUCCUCUCUUUCCACAGCUUCAGCGACUAAAGCGCUCCUUGUCCUUCAAGUCACUGAUGCGCAGCAAGAGUGUGGACAACUUCUUCCAGCGCCCCAGCAACGGGGAAGUCCGCCUGCCCUCUGGGAUCAUCCACGAGCCUCCGCUGCCCUCCUCGCCACCACCCUUCGGGGAGACGCCCCUGACCUGCGAGCGCUCACCCUCCCUCUCCCUGUUGCUCAGCCCCAACCCCUCGCUUUCGUCCCACUCGCCCUCCCUCAGUCCCUCCCUCUCCCUGACCUCCAAAGCCCAGCUCCAGGGCCAGCUCCAGGGCCAGCUCCAGGCCCGGCUAGUGAAGACCCACUGUUUCCAGGAGCACGUCUUCCGCCGGCCCACCUGCUGCCAGCAAUGCAAACACGUGAUCCAGGGUAGGUAAAUUCAGGUCCAGUAUUCCCUUAAUACAAUGCAGUGACAUGAAAUACAAAUAAUCUUCUGGUAGAUCAUGUCACAUCAAAGCUAUUCUCUUAGGGCAGACUACUGACUACUGAGAGACAGUAUGCACAUCCAACACAAUCUAACAAUCAGUGCAAUGUUUCCAUGAAAGUUUGAGCUCUUGUGGCCAAAUGGCAAGUUAGGAUUUUGAUUGAGGGCGAGUGUGAAGUAGAUGUGGCUGAUAAUCACACUGUCCAUACACACGUUGCCAAUAACAUCUCUCAUCAAAAGGGUCUCACUUUGACAUUUUAUAACCUAGUCCUAGUUGAUUGAUUGAUUUUAUUUAUUUUGUUGAUUGAUGAAUGGAUUGUAGUGUGUGAGCUGAGGCUACUGUCCUGUGUGGUAUGUACAGUACAGUAUAGUACAGUAAAGUACAGUACUGUAGUAACCUGGCUUUCCAUCUGUGCAGGGAACUCCAAGCAGGGUCUACGCUGUAAAGCCUGUAAGCUGGGUGCCCACCUCUGGUGCUCCUCUGAGCUGUCCCAACAGCCCUGCACAGGAAAGGUGAGUCAACUGUCCUAGAUUCAGAUUUCCCCACAGCUGUCUUGUCCUCAACCAUUAUAACCUAAGUAGUGAACUGAUCUAGAGUUAGAUAUCUACCGCUUUCCGAUCCUCAACAAUUACGGUCUAAAUAUUAUUUUGGGGGGCCAUGGUGGACCCAAUACCAUCACUAAGACCAAGGUGGGCUUGCGGGGGGCUGCAUUUAGUCUCAAAGUCCCAAUCUUGUUAAAAGAGGACAAACGUUUUUCCGCUAGAGGAGCUAAAAAAAAGAAAAGAGGGGACAACCCGACAAAGAAAAGAGAGAAGAAGAGUGAGAGCCUUAAUUAAAUGAUCCGCAACGAUUCUGAAUUUCUAUAUGUGGAACAAAAGCCAAGGUUAGGGCUGAGGCAGAUAGCGUUAUCCUGUUUUUACCCCCAUCCAUCCCCCUGUCACUCCCCCUCCUCACCCUCUUCAUGCAUGGAUCCGAUUUUCCUCAAGUCAGUCAGAAAAAUCAACAUCUCCCUGCACCAUGCGCUGUGGCUAAUUCAGUGUGAAAUGCGGUGUGUUUGAGGCGCUCACGGUUCCCGCGGGACACGACAUGGCCAGCAGUAGGAAAAAUUGUGUCUGCUGCAUAGUCAUCAAAACCGGGAUUAGGAAUAUUGGACGACUGGAGGAGAGACGGCAGCAACAUGCUACAGUAGCUCGUACAUAAGCUUAGACUCGUGUUGGGCUUCCCCCCCUUGAUUAGUUUGUAAUGACUUUUGGUGUCACUUUGUAUGCUAAUUAAAUGUGGCCCCUGUGGAGUGGGAUUUGAAUUUGAAUUAAUUUUUAAACAUUUAAUUCAUUUAAUUUAGUGACGUUGUCAACGUUUUUCUUUUGUAGAGUAAAUUACAAUUUGUUUAAAAAACCCAAGGACCAAACACUAUGAAAAGCAAAGCGAGGGUUUGGAAAAUAUGGUUAUACUGGUAAUCAACCUUGCCUUCAGAUAGGCUGGGUGAAAAUGUCCACCAUAUUGCUUACACCUAUCCAAUCCUCUCUGAUCUACACAAUGCCUAGGGCCUAUGAGUUAGGGGCUAGGAGUUAGGGGCUAGGAGUUAGGAGUGAGAGUGUCAAUACAGGAUUGGACACCAGUCUCGUUUGAGGUAAAGAGAGGGGCAGUUGUGUGUUUGUCCAAAAGUGUCCAGAAAUCUUAAUCAGUUGGACAUCUGGGAGCCACAUUGAAUCCAGCCAGUGGGAUUAUCUUCCAAGGUGCAUUAGUAAUCUAGCCCAAUGCCCAGCCUAGACCAAGGAUUAUAAUGAAGGCCCGAUUGGGAUGGGGAUAAGGGAUGAUUAGGGAAGUUUGGUUCGUAAUUCCACCUCGCUCAGCUUCACCCCCAAAUAAUACAAAAUAGUAGUUGGCCAAGAUUAACUAACAAGAGUUUUGUAAACACUACUAGUUUAGUGUUCUAUUCUCUCUAGUGCUUUCUCGUUCUCUCUCUCUCUCUCUCUCUCUCUCUCUCUCUCUCUCUCUCUCUCUCUCUCUCUCUCUCUCUCUCUCUCUCUCUCUCUCUCUCUCUCUCUCUCUCUCUCUCUCUCUCUCUCUCUCUCUCUCUCUCUCUCUCUCUCCCUCUCUUUCUCAUCAUCGUUUGACCCUAUCAGAGGUGAAGCUGUAAUUUGGACAGGGAUGAGGAGGGCCCCAAGAUAAGCAAUAAGAGAAGCAAUAAGCGUUAAAUUGACUUUAGAUCACUCCAGAGAAAGUAGAAAGUCACCCCUCCAAUUCCCCACAUGCCCUGCUGAGUGCCUUGGGCCAUCGUUGACAGCCAAUAGGAACCUCUCGUCUCAUUUAUCAAAAUCUCACAGUGGCGCUCACACAUCUGUUAUAAUAUAUCAGGUGCUUGGUGAGAAAUAAGACAAAUCCAAUCAAAUGCAGAGAGGAUACCCUGACCACAUAAUGAUUUAUGAUUUAUGCUCCCAAAAAGCUAUAUUUGGAAGAAGCGAGAAUGAUCUACCAGUUAUUGCCACAAGACCAUGUUAGCACGCCAAACUAAAGCCAAGGCAUUAGCUCAGGGAGCUAACGCAAGUCUUCCCGCCUUGGGUAAGGUUACUCAUCACGGUUCAUGGUUCACCUUACAUGAGCAUGGUUGAGAAUAUUUUGUCGAUGACACUGCCCAGUCCUAUCUUAUGCUUUCGGUUAUCAGUUCUCAUCAAAAGACUGUGUUAGCCCACUGAACUAAAGCCAAGGCAUUACCUCGGAAGCUAACACAAGUAUUGGGUAAGGUUGCUUAUCACAUUAGCAUGGCCCUGACACCUUAUCUUCUCCUCGAUGUAUAAGCUCUCAUCUAACCACUGAUGACAGCUAUUGAUACAGUGUAUUCGGAAAGUAUUCAGACCCCUUCCCAUUUUCCACAUUUUGUUACGUUACAGCCUUAUUCUAAAAUGGAUUAAAUUACUUUGCUUUCUUCAUCAAUCACAGGUUUGUGGAAUCUUUGCAAAUGUAUUAAAAAUAAAAAACAGAAAUACCUUAUUUACAAUAAGUAUUCAGACCCUUUGCUAUGAGAAUUGAAAUUGAGCUCAGGUGCAUCAUGUUUCCAUUGAUCAUCCUUGAGAUGUUUCUACAACUUGAAUGGAGUUCACUUGUGCUAAAUUCAAUGGAUUGGACAUGAUUUGGAAAGGCACACACCUGUCUAUAUAAGGUCCUGAGCUGGCCGCCCCCAGCCAAACUGAGCAAUCGAGGGAGAAGGGCCUUGGUCAGGGAGGUGACCAAGAACCCGAUGGUCACUCUGACAGAGCUCCAGAGUUCCUCUGUGGAGAUGGGAGAACCUCCCAGAAGGACAACCAUCUCUGCAGCACCACCAGUCAGGCCUUUAUGGUAGAGUGGCCAGACGGAAGCCACUCCUCAGUAAAAGGCACACGACAGCCUCUUGGAGUUUGCCAAAAGGCACCUAAAGGACUCUCAGACCAUGAGAAACAAGAUUCUAUGGUCUGAUGAAACCAAGAUUGAACUCUUUGGCCUGAAUGCCAAGUGUCAGGUCUGGAGGAAACCUGGCACCAUCCCUACGGUGAAGCACGGUGGUGGCAGCAUCAUGCUGUGGGGAUGUUUUUCAGCGGCAGGCACUGGCAGACUAGUCAGGAUCGAGGGAAAGAUGAAUGGAGCAAAGUACAAACAGAUCCUUGAUGAAAACCUGCUCUAGAGCGCUCAGGACCUCAGACUGGGGAGAAAGUUCACCUUCCAACAGGAAAACAACCCUAAGCACACAGCCAAGACAACGCAGGAGUGGUUUUGGGACAAUUCACUGAAUGUCCUUGAGUGGCCCAGCCAGAGCCUGGACUUAAUUGAACAUCUCUGUAGAGACCUGAAAAUAGCUGUGCAGCGACACUACCCAUCCAACCUGACAGAGCUUGAGAGGAACUGCAGAGAAGAAUGGGAGAAACACACCAAAUACAGGUGUGCCAAGCUUGUAGCGUAAUACCCAAGAAAACUUGAGGCUGUAAUAGCUGCCAAAGGUGCUUCAACAAAGUACUAAGUAAAGGGUCUGAAUACUUAUGUAAAUGUAAUAUUUCCAUUUUUUCUAAAAACCUGUUUUUGCUUUGUCAUUAUGAGGUAAUAUGUGUAGAUUUUUUAUUUAUUUUUUUAGAUUGAUGGGGGGGGGGGACAAUUUAACAAAAUGUGAAAAAGGUCAAGGGGUCUGAAUACUUUCCGAAUGCACUGUAUAUGGAUAUAAUUUACGCCAUGAUGCAGCAAAGAUGAAAGUAGAGCUAUGCUGCACCUAGGACGGGAUCGUACAGGAAACAACAACGACACAACACUGCUCCCUCUGUCAAACACAAAGCUUUCAAUAGCUCAGAUCGACCUUUGAGUUGUAUUCCGUUCCUAUUCCUAAAUCAGAAUCCGUGAUUCAUCGUCUCACACGUCCGUGGACUAUUUUAAUCCCAACGGCUUGGGAAUUACUGUGGCGAAUGUUGGUUUUCUGUCAAACGACAAUGCUGAGGCUUUGUUGUGCUUGUCUAGCUGUCAUGUGAACAAUGCUGUACACAUAGACAUGAUAAGAGAGUGCAGGUAUAGUUCAUUGCAAAUGCAUAAGGCUAAGAAUUGAGUUCCACCUGUCUCCGUGUUCAACUCAUAGGGACCCACAAGCCACAGUCUGCAGAAGGACUAUCACACACAGUCAGCAUCCCCUCUACACACACGUACGCACACACAGUCACACACACACACACACGCACACAUGCACACACACAUACAUUUUGAGCUUCCUUUGUAAGCCACAAGACUAUCCGUUUACGGUGGGAAAGUCUCUGACCUUUGUGUUUGUCCGCUUUUAGCUGCUCAAAUAACAUUCAGCUGAUAGGGACAGUUAUGUAUCUCCUCUCUGUCUCUUUCUCAUCCCCCUCUCCUUCUCUCUAUCUCGCCUGCUAGACGGGGGCCUUUAAACGAAACUUCAGCUCCCCUCUCUUGACUAACGAUAUGUUAGGGGUGGUCAAGGAAGCUCUACCAUCGCAAGGUGAGUGUGUGUGUGUGUGCGUGCGUGUGUGUGUGUUGCUUGAGUGAUCAGUGUUGAUGCCACAGAUACAUAGACCUUUUGUUCAUUCCAAGAUCUGAUCUGUAGUAUGACACGUUGUUUUUGCUCUGUGUGUGUGUGUGUGUGUUUCUAGAGUCUGAUAAAGGGGGAGUUGACCCUGUGUAUGAGGCCCUGCGUUACGGGACGUCGCUGGCACAGAUGAGUCGCUCUAGCUUCGGAAGCAUCACUGAGUCCCCCAUUCAUGAGGUACACUGCUUACACACACACUUGAGUUCAUAGAUACAAAUAGUAGAUUUCAAAUGUUUUCUCACUAAACUUUUUAAAGCAAUGUGUUUUGAUAUACAAAUGCUACCAAUAACAGUUAAAACUGAGCAUUUUUUUUCCCACUUCUUUCCUUUUUGCACCCUGUCUUCUUCCCUCUCUGACUUGGCCCCUGUUCUUGUCUGCUAUAGGUGGAGAGUGUAUGGGAGGGACUGGAAACACAACCAAUCAUUGAGGAGGAGUUUGUCCCAGAGACUGAGAGUGAGUUGGAUCAAAUGUCCCACAAUUUACUCACCCCUAACCUAUUACCUGACAUCUCACCCCAACAUCUCACCUCUAACCAAUCACUCCCUAACCUCUCACUCCUAACCUAUUAUCAGAGAUGGAAGAGGAAGUGAGACAUCCCACUCUCAGUUUUUUUUGUUGUUCAUAUACAUUCAAUGAACUAAGCAGACCAGACCCAACAUUGGUGUCUAUGGGAGAGCCACCUCGUUAAGCAGACCUGAACUGACCAUUCAUUUCAAUGGUAAACGGCCUGAGUGAACUAUCUUCAUUUAUCCACCAUCUUUGCUAUUAUCCCUAACCCCUCCCCAAUGUUUCCUCUAAUAUUUUUCGUCACUGAACGAAGUCACUGAAGUUUUGCUGAGCGCAAACUUGAACCUUGUGAAUUUCUGUGCAACUUCCGGCGCACGUUUACUGUGAGCACUGAGGCUGUACCCACUUUAAUUUACUGUUUUAACUGUGGCCAAGUAGGCUACUGUGGCUAUUUGAUCAUAAUGUAGGCCUACUAGAGUGGCCUACCAUAAAAAACUAUGGAGAAAAUGCAUCACAUAACAUUUUAACAUGGAAAUAGUGGUUAAAUCAUUCAGCCUACAGUAGCAGCCAAUGUGUGGUGUUCAAUGUAGGCCUACAUUCCAUGAGACUUUAGAAAAAAACAUGCAGGGCUUGACAUUAACCUGUUUAUCCACUUGUCCUUCAGACAAGGAGGUGACUGAACACAUUGUUUUGUUGUUUGAUGCAAGAAACCACUUUUCAAAAUAAAAUGUAUUAUUAUUCCCAUACCAUUAUUACAGAGAAUCAGACAAAUUAUGCUACCCUCUGCCUAUUGGCUACUUAGUUUAUUCAAGCCUGUCUAAAAAUACAACACUGCCCCUUUAAGACAUUAAAAAAAGCUCUUUACCUGACUCGCUUUUCAAAGAUGGCUAGAAAUACACGUUUUGUGCUCUUGUAGGAAGCAAUCACUCCCGCAUUGCUAACUACAAAUUAGCUCAAACUGGGCUAAUAACUCAUUAACUAGCAAAGAAAAUGAACAAAUGUGCACACGUGGCUAAAUGCAGCUUUCGCUUUGAUCUCAAAAGAAGCGCAUAAUAAUCGCAACCGCUCAUGUUGUAAAACAGUCCAGUUCAAAGUGAAUGGUACAAAUCCAUAUAUGGCAAUGGUCUAUUUGCAUAUAGGCCUACUGCAGCUCUGAUUGGUUAUGGCACACCAGUCUGUGUAGAGAACGGGCAAUAGAAUCCUAUUCCGAUGCGUUCUGCCUACAGCAAAAUAUUUUGCAUAGUUAGUUUUGCAUACUAAGGCGUGCAUAAUUUGUUUUGUUUCGGUAUGUUCCAUUGAAAGUGGCUAAUAUUGCAUUGAUUCGAUUAUAAUUCCCACAGUAAAGGGAAACAUUGCUAGUGUUAACUAACGGGGAAAUCUCUACAACUUCGUGCUUCUCUGCGCGGCUUGAUAUUUAUUCUGUGCGGCAGUCCCUGUGAAGCUGUGCCCGCACACGAGCGUAGCUUAGAGGGAACAUGGCCCCUCCCUAUCCUUUCACCACAAUGCACACUCACUCCAAACCCCCAACAUUCUGGGCUUUAAAUGGUUGAGUCAACAUAUUUCCUAAUUAUUUCAAACUCCUUUAUCAAUGUCAUGUAAUUUAAAUGUAAUCAAUGUAACAUUAAAAUAUAAUGUAAUGUUAUAAAUGUAAUGUUGCAUCAACAUGACUAGUUGGUUGAACUUGCAGAAAGUCUUGCAACUUGCAAAAAGCCAAGCCUGGACUGUCAACCGUUGUCCUCUCUCCUGAAAUAAUGUAUUUCAUUAUAGACUAUCAUUAUACCCAUCCAUUACACUGAGAAGGCCUUCCAUUGACAUAACUAGGUGAUGUGUGUGUGUGUGUGUGUGUGUCUAUCUGUGUGUGUGUGUAUGUGCGUGUUUAUGAAUGCAUACACCUGUGUGUGUUGUAACUUCACCAGUAUUUUCCAUCUUCUCUAAAUUCGAUGAGAAAAGAUGAAGUACUGUGUAUGCUUUAACUAACUGACCUUGUCUUUGUCCUAUACUGCAAAGUGACAAGACCCCCUCCCUUUCUCUCUCGCUCUCUUUCUGUCUCUCUCUUUCUGCUACCUCUCUCUUGCUCUCUCUCCCUAUCUCUAGAAGAGCGAAAUAGGCGAGAGAGAGAGUUUCUCGGAGAGAGAGAGCGAGCUAGUAAGUACGAGCAGAGAGCAUAUAGCUCUCAGCAACCACUCCUCCCCUCCUCCCUCUCCCCCCCCGCUCUCUCUCCCCCCAUGCCACCCUCUCCCCCCCCCGCCUCUCUCCCUCUAGCUGUCAAUCCUUCUGAAAGUGAGAAGGCCGAUUCGGAGGACAGGGUCAGUCUGAAGGUGUGUAGUCAGCAUCUCUUUCUCAAGUGUUUCCUCUCUCCUUUCAUGCUCAUCCGUCCCUUUUCACUUCCAUGAAACAUCAAGUGCUGUAGGCCUUUAUCUAUCCACCCCUUCAUCCCUCCAUCCCUCUUCACCUCUAACGCUAAACCCUCCCUCUCUUUAUCUCUCCUUCUUUCAAACUCUGCUCACAACCUCCAUGCGACUUUCUGUUCACCCCUGCUUUACUAAAAUUGCAUUGGCCAAUGCAGUACUGUAAUACUGUAGUAUAUGCCAUUUAUGUAUGAUUGCCAUCCCCAUGAGUGUACCACCCUCCCUCAGGCCAUGGAUGAGGCAUGCAAUGAGUUCAGUCCAGACAUGCUGUACGUCAGGCUUGCAUUCGCUAUGCCAAAAUGUUUUUCCCCAGGCGCAUGAACAAUGAGGAUAUUUACUGCGAUUUCUAUGGCCAAAUGCUCAAGACAGGCUUGAUGCAAACUAGUGCCUUCUAAACAUUGUUUCUUUCAUUUCUUUCAUUUGAUUACAUUGUAGCUCAAUUGAUAGAGCAUGGCACUUGCAACGCCAGGGUUGUGGGUUCAAUUCCCAUGGGGGGCCAGUAUGACAAAUGUAUUCACUCACUAACUGUAAGUCGCUCUGGAUAAGAGCGUCUGCUGAAUGACUAAAAUGUAAAUGUAAAUGAUAGAUGUCUUCAAUGAUCACACAUGGGAUAGAAAUUACGGAAAUGUUAUGUUCAGUAAAUUGUAAUGGGUAGAGCAAGUGUAUUGCCUAACGUGAAAACAGUGUAAUAUACUGUAAUUUACAGUACUGUAGCAUACUACAUUCAGUGGGCAAUUUUUUUACAUUUUGCUAUUGGAUUAACUGGUGGUUAAAAUAACUGAAUUGAGAAGAUAUCAUUAAGUUGUGUUUUGGUGAACCAAUGUACUCAUUAUAUUUCUCAGUAAACUUACACUACCGUUCAAAAGUUUGGGGUCACUUAGAAAUGUCCUUGUUUCUUUGUCCAUUAAAAUAACAUCAAAUUGAUCAGAAAUACAGUGUAGACAUUGUUAAUGUUGUAAAUGGCUAUUGUAGCUGGAAACGGCUGUUUUUUAAUGGAAUAUCUACAUAGGUGUACAGAGGCCCAUUAUCAGCAACCAUCAGUCCUGUGUUCCAAUCAUGGGCGGUGUGUUCAAUAGGGCGAUAUGGGCGACGCACUGCCAAACGGGAAAAGGAAGGGAUUUUUUUUCUAAUCAAUUAUAUCAUGGCAACAGUAGUUCAGUGUUCACGUCUGAUCUGCCAGCCACUAAAUGUCCAAUCAGGCUAAAGUCGUGCUUCAAAUGUCCCCGCCCGUUUUGGGGCGAUUUCAGUCAGGUUGAAAAUCGCCCAGAAGUCUCUCAUAGCCUCUAAUGUAAAAUAAUUUUUUUUCAAAUUUCUGAGCUUUCAAUACAUUCUCUAUGGGUGUCUGAGGGCUUGCACUUACGCGCUUUCGUCAUACGUAACGUAACGUAACCAUGAACGGCAGACAGCAACGCUUGGACAGCGACUGGUGUAACCGACAUGCACCAUCUUUCAGAAAAGAUUAAGAAAAAUGAGCUGUCAAAGACCCACAUUGAUAGCUGUUUGAGAUUGUCUGCUUUGGUGAGAGUGAAUAUUGCCACUCAACUGGAUGAGGGAUACAGGCUAGCUGUCCGCCGCCACAACGAUGAGGUUAGCAACAGCAGAGUCGUGAACACUGUCUACGAGAAUCGAGACGACCUCAUAGAAUGUUUUGAAGCCAUCCGGACGGGUUCAUUGGGUUCAUUUGACCAGCCCACCGUACCAGAAGCUACAGAAUAAGGACAUCGAUGCUGUCUUUAUCAAACGUGCCCUCGACAGCUUCGCAAGCAGUGUGCAGGCCAUAAGGUAAGAUAAAGAUUAAACAAUAUCAUUCGAUCUUUCUCAAAGCAGAGCUUUAUUUGAAAAUGUAUGCAUGAAAGGAGACUGCAUUUGUGUUUGAAAUUACAUUAUUGUCAUUAUAUAUGGCCAGUGGUGUAAUCUAUCUUAUUUUAUAUACUAUGUGUACUGUACAGUGGUGCUCAUAAGUGUAUGAACACAUUCUAAAGCUGACUAAAAAGAGGAAUAAAAAAAUAAAAAAAUCAUCUUUUGGAAAUUGAUCUUAAUGACUUAAUUAAAAAAGUUGGAAAAUCCAACCUUUAAGGACACCAAUUUUAUUUUAUUUUUUAUUCCUCUUUUUAGUCAACUUUAGCAUGGGAUCAUAAGCUUAUGAGCACCACUGUAUACUGUGCUGAACAUCCAGGCUAUGUGAGACACAAAGGCUAACUUAAACACUAAAGACUUUAUGCAUCCCUGCCCAUUUUAAGUGGAACUGAAGUAUUUGUACUAUACAUGGAUACAUUGCAUAUACCUGUGCAUCACAUAGACAACAAUACUGUACAAAGCCAACAAACACAUUGGUCUGUUUGCCUUCAGGGACUCCUCUCAACAGCAGCUGCAAGAAGCAACAGGAGCCAAAAGACCCAGAACAGCUUUGAGAGAAGAGGAGAAGCAGAGGCUGUCUGAAGAGGUCUGCAACACCAUCCUGGAUCACACCAAAGAAAGGUUCUCUUUCUCUGGCCACCUUGUGAGUGCUACCUUACUGCAAGCAGACAUGUUUGAAAGGUACUGCCAUUCAAAAAAAUAAAAAAUCUGUUCAUGUUCAUUUUUACAAAUCUAUACAAUUGGCCAGAAUAUGGUUGUUCAUAUUUACAAAUCUAUACAAUUGGCCAGAAUAUGGUUGUUCAUUUUUACAAAGCCAUACAUAUUGUUUAUGCAGUGUUGAGGAAUGUGAAAGAACACCCUUGAUUAUUUUUACUGUGAUAACUUAUUUUGCUUUUGUAAGCCAACACUUUUGAGAUCAGUCAAUAAAUGCUUCUGGUAUUGACUUAUAUGCUGCCCCUGUCUUCAUGUUGUUGCUGGACAUAUCUUUUUAAAAAUGUGUGUAGGUCACCUAAAUCAUCAGAAAAAUUGCCCCUCCUGAGAAUUUUUUCAGGAGCCGCCACUGGUUCCAAUGGCACGUUGUGUUUGCUAAUCCAAGUUUAUUAUUUUAAAAGGCUAAUUGUUCAUUAGAAAACCCUUUUGCAAUUAUGUUAGCACAGCUGAAAACUGUUGUGCUGAUUAAAGACGCAAUACAACUGGCCUUCCUGAGACUAGUUGAGUAUCUGUAGCAUCAGCAAUUGUGGGUUCGAUUACAGGCUCAAAAUGGCCAAAAACAAAGGACUUUCUUCUGAAACUCAUCAGUCUAUUCUUGUUUUGAGAAAUGAAGGCUAUUCCAUGCGAGAAUUUGCCAAGAAACUGAAGAUCUUGUACAACGCUGUGUACUACUCCCUUCAUAGAACAGUACAAACUGUCUCUAACCAGAAUAGAAAGAGGAGUGGGAGGCCCCGGUGCACAACUGAGCAAGAAGACAAAUACAUUAGAGUGUCUAGUUUAAUGAACAGACGCCUCACAGGUCCUCAACUGGCAGCUUCAUUAAAUAGUACCCACAAAACACCAGUCUCAACGUCAACAGUGAAGAGGCUACUCCGGGAUGCUGAACUUCUAGGCAGAGUUGCAAAGAAAAAGCCAUAUCUCAGACUGGCCAAUACAAAGAAAAGAUUAAGAUUGGCAAAAGAACACAGACACUGGACAGAGGAAGAUUGGAAAAAAAGUGUUAUGGACAGACUAAUCGAAGUUGUAGGUGUUCGGAUCACAAAGAAGAACAUUUGUGAGACGCAUACCAAAUUAAAAGAUGCUGGAGGAGUGCUUGAUGCCAUCUGUCAAGCAUGGUGGAGGCAAUGUGAUGGUCUGGGGGUGCUUUGGUGGUGGUAAAGUGGGAGAUUUGUACAGGGUAAAAGGGAUCUUGAAGAAGGAAGGCUAUCUCUCCAUUUUGCAACGCCAUGCCAUACCCUGUGGACGGCGCUUGAUUGGAGCCAAUUUCCUCCUACAACAGGACAACGACCCAAAACACAGCUCCAAACUAUGCAUGAACUAUUUAGGGAAGAAGCAGUCAGCUGGUAUUCUGUCUAUAAUGGUGUGGCCAGCACAGUCACCGGAUCUCAACCCUAUUGAGCUGUUUUGGGAGCAGCUUGACCGUAUGGUAUGUAAGAAGUGCCCAUCAAGCCAAUCCAACUUGUGGGAGGUGCUUCAGGAAGCAUGGGGUGAAAUCUCUUCAGAUUACCUCAACAAAUUGACAACUAGAAUGCCAAAGGUCUGCAAGGCUGUAAUUGCUGCAAAUGGAGGAUUCUUUGACGAAAGCAAAGUUUGAAGGACACAAUUAUUAUUUCAAUUAAAAUCAGUAUUUCUAACCUUGUCAAUGAAUACAUUUCCUUUGCAUUUUGCUAUAUUUACUAUUCAAACUCAUUUCAUAUAUGUUUUCAUGGAAAACAAGGACAUUUCUAAGUGACCCCAAACUUUUGAACGGUAGUGUAUAUUUUGGAUCAAUGGUGAAAGAUGUCUACAAACAAAAUGAAUGCACAAUGAAAGGUUUUGAAUGCAAGACUGGCUGCAUUACAAAUGUUACCAGUUUGGAGUUUUGUACUAGGAGUUUAGAAAAUUCUCCACAAACAUACUGUACUUGUGAAAAUAAUACCAAAGAGAUAACAAAAAAAACUGUACGUGUGUAUUAGACUAAUUUGGUGUGUGCGUGUGUCCAGACUCCAAAGCGCAUCGACGUCCACUCCGUACACACCUACGUGGCUCUGUACAAGUUCAUCCCUCAGGAGAAGAAUGAUCUGGAGUUACAGUGAGUUAAAUACAUAGUACCUUUAUGUGUGUGUGCGUGUGUGUGUGCACGCAUGUGCUUGUGUGUGUGUGUGUGUGUGUGUGUGUCUGCACACGUGUUCUGUCAUAUUCAGACAGAAAGUCAGACUUCACAUUACCACAUGAAAGGUAAAAAGGGAGAGAGGUGUGUGUGUAUGGGGAGGGGGUAUUGUCGUAGUGGGCAGGUGAGAAAAACAGGAAGGACGUAUGCAGUGCCAACACAUCUCUCAGACCAUCUGCCUUCUCACUGGGGGUCUGAGACGUAGCUGGCAACGCUGUUGGAACUACAGACUGAGAAGGACAGGCAGCCGGGGAUGUGUGUGUGUGCGUGUGUUUGUGUGUUUAAUCAGUACCUGUUGUUUCCCUCUCAGACCUGGCGAUCGAGUGCAAGUAACUGAUGACUCCAAUGAGGACUGGUGGAAGGUGGGUAAAAAAUACAGUUUUUGUUUUGUUACUCGGGCCCAGAAUACUCAUACUUUCGAUAUCCAUCCUUCCUUCCUUCCGUUCUUCCUUCCUUCCGUUCUUCCUUCCUUCCGUUCUUCCUUGCUUCCAUUCUUCCUUCCUUCCUUUCUUUCCUUCUGUUCUUCCUUCCUUCCUUCCUUCCUUCCGUUCUUCCUUCCGUUCUUCCUUCCGUUCUUCCGUUCUUCCUUCCUUCCUUCCUUCCUUCCUUCCUUCCUUCCUUCCUUCCUUCCUUCCUUCCUUCCUUCCUUCCUUCCUUCCUUCCUUCCUUCCUUCCUUCCUUCCUUCCUUCCUUCCUUCCUUCCUUCUGUUCUUCCUUCCUUCCUUCCUUCCUUCCUUCCUUCCUUCUGUUCUUCCUUCCUUCCUUCCUUCCUUCCUUCUGUUCUUCCUUCCUUCCGUUCUUCCUUGCUGCCUCUUCCUUGAGAAAAAUGCAACACAUUUGGAUAGGUAUAGCCAAGGGCUCCAUUACAUUUACAUUUACAUUUACGUCAUUUAGCAGACGCUCUUAUCCAGAGCGACUUACAAAUAGGUGCAUUCACCUUAUAGCCAGUGGGAUAACCACUUUACAAUGUUUUUUUUACAUAGCUUUCACCCUUCCAGUCAUGUCAAUAUCAGAAAAGUCAUGAAAGCAUUCAAGUAUUCAAACAGGACCUACUAUACUAUAUAAAGUAGUGAUGCGCGGGUAAGCUAUUUCUUCACCUGCACCUGCCCGCACUUGCUAAUAACCCAUCUGCAACCGCCUGACUAUAUGUGAUAACGUGAAAAUCUGAGGCCCGCACCCGACCCUAACCCGCAAAUAUAGAAAAUGCGCUGGUUCUAGAUAGCACCUUUCGUAGAAGACUAAAUAACAUGGAGUGUUCUUAGACAAUGGAGAGAGUAGUGACUUUAUCAAGGUAAAAGUUGCCCAUAAGCACAGAUCUAGGAUCAGCUUAACUUCCCCCAAUUCUACCUGUAACCAUUAGGUGGGGAAAAGCAAAACUGACCUUAAAUCAGUUUCUUUGGGCAACUUCGGUUUAGCAGAGCUAGUAGUCAGUAAGUGGAGCAGGCUGUAAUGAAAGUUUUAUGUGCUUUGCCUUUUGGUUUGGCCUAAUGGAGAUAAGCUGAGCGCAGAGGGAAAAGCAAUCGUCAGCUCACACUGUGAUGAGUGUGAUGGAAGGAGUCAGGCGCAGGAGGGUAAUCACCGAAUACAAAGUUUAUUCCUUCGUUACACAAAAUACGCUGGAAUAACAACAAACGAAACAGGCACAGGGGAAACUAUCUACCCUGGCAAUACACUGUAACGUAUCUCCAUACAAUACAUAGGCACAGGGGAAAUAUCUACCCUGGCAACAAAAUGGUACGAGUAGCUCCACUACUCUCACAUUCAAACAAUCACCCACAAGGACAAGGGGGCAGAGGGAACACUUACUAAUGAGGGGAUUAGAACCAGGUGUGUGUGAUUGACAAGACAAGACAAAUGUGAUGAUGAUGAUUGGGGCGGCAGUGGUUAGUAAGCCGGUGACGACUAACGCCGAAGCCUGCCCGAACAAGGAGGGGAGGCAGCCUCGGCGGAAGUCGUGACACACACUCACCUAAGAAUAAAGAAAACAUUUGCACGCAAACACGUUGGGACACGCGUGCAUGCAGACACACCAUUUCUUCAAACAAUAAAAAAGUGCUGUACCUACAUGGAUGUGCCAUUUGUCUAUUGGCAUUUGGCGUUUACCCACCUUUUUAUCACUACAUCCCUGGGAAUAUACUAGCAUAGUGGAAUUAAUUGUCUUAACUAUGUUCUGCUGUGUGUGUUCACAGGGGAAAAGUAAAGACAAGCUGGGUUUCUUCCCCGCCAACUUUGUACAGAGAGUGCGCCCAGGUGAGCGUGUGUGGAAGGUCACAGGUGGUUUCCAUGGUGACCGUGACAGAGGGCAGAUGACUGUGAAAGAGUCUCAGGUACACUGACACACACACACACACACACAUUUUAGUCAUUUAGCAGACGCACACACACACACAAGCCCCUGUACUAAACACCUUUAUUUUCUCAAACUAGAUCUGUGUGGGGAAGAACGAAGAGCUGGACGGUUUCUUAAAGCUGAGCAGUGGGAAGAAGAGAGGUCUAGUCCCUUCCAAGUACCUUGUGGAGAUAUGACUUCCGUAAAAGAGGGGAACUCUCUGUUUCCCGACCCUCGUUCUGCCCUGAAGACCACCCUCUAUCAGGAGUGCUUCCCUAACACCUCACCGACUGCCAACUCUCUGGAUGUGGAAAUGGACCCUCCCACCACCACCAGAAAACAUAGAGAGGGAGGGAGAAUAUGGUGGACGCUGGCCAGGAUAGAUUUGAUUUCACUGCUUUGCUUGGAGUGGUGGAAUAUUUUUGAGAGAAAGGAGGGGGAGGGCUUCUGUUGAGCUAGCUGCUUUACCUGUGGUGUAUCCUCACACUCUUUCACCUGUUCACGCACACACACACACACACAUACACUGCACAAAGACACUGACGCUAACAAUGGCCCUGGAGCUUGGGGGGCGUGACUGUAGCAGGCAGUGCUUGUCUGAAAAAUUUAUGGAGACUUUACAAUCUACACAGGCUUCUGCUUGAGCCAAGGGGGAGAAGACUGGCAGUUUUUCGCUGUGUGGUCGUGUGACCUUUUGGAUUUCAUGUGAAAGUGAAAUUUGGACGUUUUUGUGAGUCCAAGUUCUGUAGCAUUUUAUUGUAGCAGCUUGUUGCGACAAAGCUCUUUUCCUUUGAGGUUGUCCUCCAAGCCAGAUAUGGUAUAGCCGCAUUCCCUGUGGCACCGAUUAUUUAGCACAUUGGGGAAAACCAAAGUGGGUAGGUGGUGGGGGUAGAAGGGAGCCUCAAGGGCCUUAUGCUUGAUUUGUGGAUUUUAGAUUGGACAAUGUAAUUGAAAGUGUACUGUUGAGUUGAGUAAAAUGUAUUGAUGCAUGCUUCACUCACUCCCUGACUGGUGGGAGGUUCAGGUCCUAACAUUUCAUCUUUGCUAAACCCCUUCUUUGCUUUACAUUGGUCUACCCUGUUUCACAAUUUGUUUAGCUAAAGGGCUAACAGGUUUUUUGGUGCAAAAUGGCUGCCGUGGCAUCAUCCAGGAGUGUGCUAGACAUACCUGUAGGUGGUGGAGGAGGUUUAAAGUGCUCUGAGCAUCUGGAAAAGCGCUAUAUAAAUCCAAUCCAUUAUCAUUAAUUAUCUUUACUAUUAGGAAGGGUUUAGCCAGGAAAGUGAGGGAGACAGACACACAUGCUAAUCCUGCUGUGAUGUCCCUGUACACUCCCCAGUCCUCAGAUCACAUUUCAAAUCAAAUGUUAAUUGCCACAUGCGCCGAAUACAGCUGGUGUAGACUUUAACGUGAAAUGCUUGCUUACGAGCCCUUCCUAACAAUGCAGAGUGCUUAGUGUGUGAUUAUUUGGGACCUCUCUCCCUCUCCCCCUCUUUCUUUCCCCCACCUCUUUGUCUGUCACACAUUCUCUCUGUCUAGCACUCUCUCCCUCUUUGUGAUCACUAAAGGCUUAGAGCUCUGUGACUGCAGCAGAGGUCACAGCGGUCACAGCACUGAGACAGUGUAGCAUGAUAAGACACUCAGACACAAGGCUUAACCUAAACAUCAGAUUUCUCCCUCUAUAUGGGCUCCUCCAUAGGCCUCUGGAUGUCAGCCAUUUUCAUGGCAUUUUAUAGUAAGUUAGUAAAACAUUAUUGUCAUGGAAUGUGUUGGGAUGCAACGACCCGACAAACAUUUUUUUCACAUGUAUGACGUCCUCAGCCCUUUGGGUGAUGCUUGUUUCCAUGUUGUGUUUUUUUUUCUCCAGAGAGAUAGUCUACAUGUAGUGUUGAAAUAUACCAUUGUAACACACUUACGUAACUGCCUAGGCCGGACAAAUUAUGUUUUUGUGUAUCCCGCUGAAUUGAGAGUGGAAUGUCUAUGAAAUCACUGGUUAAAACGUCCUGUUGAUGUCAUUACUUCAUUUGCUGAUUCACUCUAGGGCAGUAGCAGUCAGAAGCUGUCUUGGCAAUAACCACUCGUUCGUAUGAAUAUAUGUAAAUAGAACUAUGGAGAAACUGUUGUAUGUAUUCAGUUAUCAUGGCAUUAACCAUAUGGUAUCCAGCUAUCAAAGAGUUCACUGUUUUUGGUAAUGGCAUUUAUUCCAUACCUAAUAUAUCAGCAUCAAGACUGAACAGCACAACCCAACCACAGGACUUUGCACUCUACCCGUUCUAGUCACUAUAUCUGUACAUCUGAUUACCCCUCAGUAUAGUCUCAAUCUUUACUAACAGUUAUAAGGUGUAUAUUGCAAUUAAAGCCACAUUUCUUGGCCAUCAAGGAGUGGGUCCACCAAGCAUUGGAGCAAUACGAUCCAUUCCAGUACAGUUUCACAUGCAUAUAACACUUGAAUUAUAUGAUAUUUCUGUGGUGCUCAAGGGAUGACAUUUCAUGAGAGCAACAGUACUUUUUUAUACAUGAUUUAAAGCUAUACAUACAGUACAUUCGGAAAGUAUUCAUACCCCUUGACUUUUUCCACAUUUUGUUACGUUAUAGCCUUAUUCUAAAAUGGAUUAAACAAAGGUUUUUCCUUAUCAAUCUACACACAAUCCACCAUAAUGACCAAGUGAAAACAGGUUUUUAGAAAAUGUUGCACAUUUAUUGAAAAUGAAAAACAGAAAUCACUUAUUUACAUAAAUAUUCAGACCCUUUGCUAUGAGACUCAAAUUGAGCUCUGGUGCAUCCUGUUUCCAUUGAUCAUCCUUAUGAUGUUUCUACAACUUGAUUGGAGUCCACCUGUGGUAAAUUCAAUUGAUUGGACAUGAUUUGGAAAGGCACACACCUGUCUAUGUAAGGUCCCGCAGUGGACAGUGCAUGUCAGAGCAAUAACCAAGCCAUGAGGUUGAAGGAAUUGUCCGUAGAGCUCCGAGACAGGAUUGUGUCGAGGCACAGAUCUGGGGAAUGGUACCAAAAACAUGUCUGCAGCAUUGAAGGUCCCCAAGAACACAGUAGCCUCCAUCAUUCUUAAAAGGAACACUGUAGGGAUGGUGCAGCACUCCACCAAACAGGCCUUUAUGGUAGAGUGGCCAGAUGGAAUUCACUCCUCAGUAAAAGGUACAUGAAAGCCCGCUUGGAGUUUGCCAAAAGGUACCUAAAGGACUCUCAGACCAUGAGACACAAGAUUCUCUGGUCUGAUGAAACCAAGAUUGAAUUCUUUGGCCUGAAUGCCAAGCGUCACGUCUGGAGGAAACCUGGCACCAUCCCUACGGUGAAGCAUGGUGGUGGCAGCAUCAUGCUGUGGGGAUGUUUUUCAGUGGCAGGGACUGGGAGACUAGUCAGGAUCGAGGGAAAGAUGAACGGAGCAAAGAGACAGAUCCUUGAUGAAAACCUGCUCCAGAGCGCUCAGGACCUCAGACUGGGGCGAAGGUUCACCUUCCAGCAGGACAACGACCCUAAGCACACAGCCAAGACAACGCAGGAGUAGCUUCGGGACAAGUCUCUGAAUGUCCUUGAGUGGCCCAGGCAGAUCCCGGACUUGAACCCGAUCAAACAUCUCUGGAGAGACCUGAAAAUAGCAGUGCAGCGAUGCUCCGCAUCCGACCUGACCGAGCUUGAGAGGAUCUGCAGAGAAGAAUGGGAGAAACUCCCCAAAUACAGGUGUGCCAAGCUUUUAGCGUCAAAAAAACAAUUUCAUCAAUUUUAGAAUAAGGCUGUAACGUAACAACGUGGAAAAAGUCAAGGGGUCUGAAUACUUUCCGAAUGCACUGCAAUUUGUUUACAAAGUCCUAUAUACCUAUAAAAGACAAUGGAGUAAUAGGUAUGGUAUAAGAAUAUAUUCUCCUAAUCAAUGGGUGUAUUUUAGUAGUUUAUUGAAAUCUUACAGCAUGUAGCUUUAAAGAAUAGCUGCAUAAUAAAGGUUUUAGAGGCAUGACAAGUAUAGUAGCCUUUAAGGGCUGGUCUUGGAUCUGUUUAUUUGAGACUGACUAACCAAGCCUGGCUCUGGACCAGUACUCCAAGGUCAUUUCCCCCCAUCCACCUGGCAUUAGCACACACGGUCUCCCUUCCUGCAUGGCUACCUGGACUGUGACCUGUACACAUGUCAAUAAAGUUCCAUCAAAUCAAUCAACAGCUCUUUGAUGUGGUCUUUUUAUUCCUAUAGAUAGAAAACCAUCACACUCUCCUGCCCAGCUGUCCUUAUUGGCUUUAGCUUCAGCUUAGACCCAUUUGGUUGGCAGUCAGGUAAUAUUUUAUUAGAUGUACAGUAGUAUUUUAUUAGUACAGUAAUAUUUUAUUAGAUGAACUGAAACUAUGACCUUGUGAUGAUGAAGGCCUCUGGUUUACAGAGGCUCACUUAGGCUGCAUCUCAAAUGACAUACUGUACAUACUGUACUGUAGUGCACUCCUUAUGGCGAGAGCCGUAUGUUUUUAUACAGUACAUGACACCGGUCAUAUUGCAGUGCUUGAAGUGGAAUGAAAAAAGUGCUGUUACUAAUAUGUCUGUACAAAGGUUUGUAUUAGAGCCAGUAUUUGAUAAGAGAUGCACAGGAAGAAGAAAAUUAUGGUGCCGGUUCUCCAUACGGGUCAGGACUGGCUCACUUCAAUCACUUACUAUAUGGGGAAUAGGGUGUCAUUUUAGAUUUGGCCUUGGAGCUGUGUAGUUGUAUAAGAACCCUAUGGCUGGUUGUGUAAGCUCACUUCAAUCACAUACUAUAUGGGGAAUAGGGUGCCAUUUUAGAUUUGGCCUGGGAGUUGUGUAGUUGCAUGACAACCCUAUUGCUGGCUGUGUAAGUCAUGGGCCACAGAAUGUUGUGGUGACAGUGAAACUCCUUGGGGACUCUUUAGUUUAAAAACCACUUCGAUGUAAAGUCCCCUGUUUAGGGGACCUGCGUGGUUCUGGUACCGCUUCCGACCGACAUUUUAGGUUAUAGAGUUCAACGUGUCAAAUCGGAGGGCCUGUUGUCUGGACCUCUGGCCGUCUCUAUGGGUGUGCCACAGGGUUCAAUUCUCGGGCCGACUCUAUUCUCUGUGUAUAUCAAUGAUGUUGCUCUUGCUGCUGGUGACGCUCGGAUCCACCUCUACGCAGACGACACCAUUUUGUAUACAUCUGGCCCUACAUUGGACACUGUGUUAACAAACCUCCAAACGAGCUUCAACGCCAUACAACACUCCUUCCGUAGCCUCCAACUGCUCUUAAACACUAGUAAAACUAAAUGCAUGCUCUUCAACCGAACGCUGCUUGCACCCGCCCACCCGACUAGAAUCACUACUCUCGGCGGGUCUGACCUAGAGUAUGUGGACAACUACAAAUACCUAGGUUUCUGGUUAGACUGUAAACUCUCCUUCCAGACUCACAUUAAGCAUCUCCAAUCAAAAGUUAGAUUUAGAAUCGGCUUCCUAUUUCGCGACAAAGCCUCCUUCACUCAUGCUGCCAAACAUGCCCUUGUAAAACUGACUAUCCUACCGAUCCUUGACUUCGGCGAUGUCAUUUACAAAAUAGCCUCCAACACUCUACUCAGCAAAUUGGAUGUAGUCUAUCACAUCCGUUUUGUCACCAAAGCCCCAUAUACUACCCACCACUGUGACCUGUACGCUCUUGUUGGCUGGCCCUCACUACAUAUUUGUCGCCAAACCCACUGGCGGCAGGUAGUUUGUGGUAAAGAGCGUUGUGCCAGUAACCGAAAGGUCGCUGGUUCUAAUCUCCGAGCCGACUAAGUGAAAUCUGUCUGUGCCCUUGAGCAAGGCACUUAACCCUAAUUGCUCCUGUAAGUCGCUCUGGAUAAGAGCGUCUGCUAAAUGACUAAAAUGUAAAAUGUAAAUGUAAAUCUAUAAAUCACUGCUAGGCAAAUCCCCGUCUUAUCUUAGCUCACUGGUCACCAUAGCAACACCCACCCGUAGUCUGCGCUCCAGCAGGUAUAUCUCACUGGUCAUCCCCAAAGUCAACACCUCCUUUGGCCGCCAUUCCUUCCAGUUCUCUGCUGCCAAUGACUGGAACUAACUGCAAAAAUCUCUGAAGCUGGAGACUCUUAUCUCCCUCACUAACUUUAAGCGUCAGUUGUCAGAGCAGCUUAAAGAUUAAUGCACCUGUACACAGCCAUUCUGAAAUUAGUCCACCCAACUACCUCAUCCCCAUAUUGUUAUUUAUUUUGCUAAUUUGCACCCCAGUAUCUCUAUUUGCACAUCAUCUUUUGCACAUCUAUCAUUCCAGUGUUAAUACGAAAUUGUAACUAUUUUGCACUAUGGCCUAUUUAUUGCCUUACCUCCAUAACUUACUACAUUCGCACACACUGUAUAUAUAUAUUUUUUUGUAUUUUUGCCUUUAUGUUUUGUUUACCCCAUAUGUAACUCUGUGUUGUUGUUUUUAUCGCACUGCUUUGCUUUAUCUUGGCCAGGUCACAGUUGUAAAUGAGAACUUGUUCUCAACUGGCUUACCUGGUUAAAUAAAGGUGAAAUAAAAAUUAAAAAAAUUAAUCGAUCUGUGGACACCGUAGAUUGAAAUGGCUUGCAUUGAGCGGUAGCCCUGAUUCUCAACGACACAGGAGUAUACUGUUUUGCCUAUGUGAAGCAGGAUGUGAAAUCUGACACCACUUGAAGUUGGGAUGUCCCUCCUACCAUUUUAUUCGCUCUUCCGACUGUCCAUCAACUUCUGGCUGAACCCUACGUCACAGCCACUAACAUAUGCCUGGAAUCCUUACAUCGUAACGCAGCAGGAGAGAGCGGUUUCGUCGCUGUAGCACAUUCAGAGAUCAAUUUAUAGCCAGUAAUAUAAAAGAUGGACAAGAUUAAUGAGAUGAAAGGUGAGUUCCGAAGAAGUACAGGAAGCCAAGCUAGAGCUCGUUGAGACAUUCACAGCGAUGAUCAAGAGAGGCCUUAUAAUAUUCACACUAAAUCUACAAAUAUAUAUACUGAGUAUACCAAACAUUAGGAACACCUUCCUAAUAUUGAGUUGCACCCCCUGUUGCCCUCAGAACAACCUCAGUUCGUCGGGGCAUGGACUCUACAAGGUGUCGAAAGCGUUCCACAGGGAUGCUGGCCCAUGUUGACUCCAAUACUUCCCAUAGUCGUGUCAAGUUGGCUGGAUGUCCUGUGUGUGGUGGACCAUUCUUGAUACACAUGGGAAUCUGUUGAGCAUGAAAAACCGUUGCAGUUCUUGACCCCGUUCAAAGGCACUUAAAUAUUUUGUCUUGCCCAUUCACCCUCUGAAUGGCACACAUACACAAUCCAUGUCUCAAUUGUCUCAAGGCUUAAACAUCCUUCUUUAACCUGUCUCCUCCCUUUCAUCUAAACUGAUUGAAGGGGAUUUAACAAGUGACAUCAAUAAGGGAUCAUAGCUUUCACCUGGAUUCACUUGCUCAGUCCAUGUCAUGGAAAGAGCAGGUGUUCUUAAUAUUUUGUACACUCAGUGUCUUUUACAGUUAUAAGGGAGGUGAAAUCUUAUAGGUAGUCAUUUUAUAACUUGAUUAUACUAUAUUUAAAAGAAAAUGUGUCAUUUCAAGCCUUAUUCAUACAGUUUUGUUGAAUAGGAAUACAUGGUAUAAAAUAUUUCAUAUUUUCAUAUUUUAUCAUAUUUGUACUGUGUACUUGAGCUUGUGUCCUCAAAAGUGAGUACACCUCAACAAUUUAUAACUUUUUUUACCAGAAAGGUGAGAUUUUAACCUUUCUUGGAGUAUGCAGCAUUACUAGUUAUUGUUUUAUCUCAUGAUAAAUAAUUACUUUUGGAGAUUAGGUAGAUUAAAUUUUCGAUUACAUUUAGUUACAUUUAAGAGGUUUAAACUUUUACUGCAGUGGGCUAAAUCAGGGUCACACAGAGUGUUUCUUGGUAGUCUUAAAAAAAUCUAAUUUGAAACAAAAGUAUACACCUCAUUACACACGGUUAUGGGCUUUAAAAAAGGAAGACACCUAUACAAUGUCAGAUACUGUAUAUACAGUAGUUGAAAUGUAUUCCAUUUUGAGUUUGCAUCCCAAUAUACCAAAACCGUUUGACAUAGAAACACUGAAUUUUCAGCGUAAAAAAAUAAUAACAUGUUUAUUAAUUAUGAAAUUAUGAAAAAUAUUAAUAGUAUUCCACCCAUGAGGCCACUAGAGGGCAAUUUGGUCAGGAAAGGGCUACGGUGACAUGGCAGAGCUCAGGAAGUUUGCUCCGACUUAAUGAGCACAAAUAACACAAUGAGUUCUAAUUCAACUAAUUGGCAUUGAAGGGGAGCUGCUGGUAGGCGAGACUGUGAGCUGGCAGAGUGGAACGUUGCGUGUGUAUACACAUUGUGUGUGUGUGUGUGUGUGUGUGUGUGUGUGUGUGUGUGUGUGUGUGUGUGUGUGUGUGUGUGUGUGUGUGUGUGUGUGUGUGUGUGUGUGUGUGCGAAUGUCAGGUCUUUUGAGAAUGUUUUGUUGGUUAAUACAUUAGACAGACACUUCAUUAUCGUUACAGGGAGCAUGUGAGCAUGUGAGCCAGGGGAGACCAUAGUACUGUAAUAUAUAUCAUUAUAAACAGGUGCCUCUUUACAUUUUUAUUUAAGAAACAAAUAAUGUUUCAUAUUACUGUCAUUCUACAAAUGUGUGGCUGUAGACUAGAAUAGCAACAACUCUAAAUAAUGCUGUAAUUUAGAAUUGCUGUAUUAAUAUUACAUUUUGAUGGACACUCAUAAACAUACAAUUAUGACUAGAACUACUGUUCCAUGAAGGAGGGAACAAGGUAUAACAUACUAUGGGGAGUCAACGACCAAUCAUAUUCACCUGAAGAAAACUGAAAUCACGCCCAACGGGCCAAUGGAUGCCAAGCCCGCUCUCAGAAGCCCCACCUCCCUGGGUAUAAUACCGGGCUCACAUCCAUUUCCUCAAUUCAGUAUCGCUCUUCAGCGAGCCCAAAUCCCCUGACGGCGCGGGGCCAAAAUAUGUUAUACCUCGCUCCCUUCUUCAGGGAACAUAACGGUACGUCCCCUUAACUGUACGUCCAUAACUGUACGUCCCCUUUCAGUCGGUCACUCGGUAUAGCAUACUAUGGGGACAUACAAUCACGUGCCAAGCCGGCUCAGAGAGUACCAAACUAGGAGGCCCACAGCAGCCCAAGCACUCAGGUUCCACCAGCUCCAAAAAGGGGUUACAGAAGCCAAAUGUUUCCCUAAUACUUACUCGAGAAGCCUGAACUGUCAGAGCCUCAUGAGGCCUGAACUGUCAGAGCACCAUAUAGGGAACCAGAACUUGCUGCAACUUCGCUAUGCGCACUGACUCGCUGCCACUGAAGCCCAAGUCCAUAGACCCUAUGGUUCCAAGAACAAUACUUACCUUGCAAGCCUGAAAUGUCAGAACUCGUACAAGGAACUUUAAGUCCAAAACAACAGAACAUCUGUUGUGACUUGGUAAAGCGCACACGCGCUCUGCAUAGCAUCGACCAGAGUCCAUGAACCACGGCAGCCUGAGGCACAAACCCACAGGAAUCCUGCAGUAACCUGGAAACUGUGAACUUGCACACUACCACAGCAGCCCAAGGCUCAAACCCACAGGAAACUGUGGUAACCCUGAUAAUGCGCACUUUACACACUUCCACACCCCAAGGCAGCUCAAGGUUCAAACCCAAAGGGAAUAGCCCGGAUAAAUGCGCAAUCUGCACGCUGCCUAACACCCACUCCCGGACCCAAACAUAAGAACACUACAAGCCUCAAUGGAAGCAGUUACAUCCAAAUGAUUAAACCUCACAAAGGUAUGUAGGGAACUCCAACUUUCUGCAGCACAUAUAUCACCAAUCGUCAUGCCCCUGAACAAUGCCCAAGCAGCCACCACAUCCCUAGUGGAGUGAGCACGCACACAGCUAGGCAACCCUUGUACUUUGCUGUCAUACGCCAGGGAGAUUGCCUCCACAAUCCAAUGAGAAAGAUGCUGCUUAGAAAGUGCCCUACCCCUGCGUAGAUAUCCUUGUUCCUAUCCAUACACAUGUGUAAAUCGAGCACCGGACACAGGCUAUGCAACCUCCGUUGUUCACUGGAAGCAAACGGAAGAGGUGAGAAAGGGAACAGCUCAAAAGCCAGGGACCUGUAAGACAUCGGCAUAACCUUGGGAGCAAAAGCUGCAUUAGGACGUAACAUCACUUUGGAGUCGCCAGGCGUGAACUUCAAACAGGAAGGGUGCAUUGAUAGCGCGCGGAGAUCCCCAACACGUUUGGCCGAUGCCAAGGCCAUGAGCAGGGCAGUCUGGUCAGAAAAUACCUUCAGGUCCACAGACUCCAAUGGUUAAAACGGAGGCUCACACAGUGUCCAGGACCAAAGCCAGGUCACAGGUCAGUGACAUAGGCUUAGACACUAGUCUGUGCCGAUGCAUGCCUUUCAGGAACCGCACCACCAGAGGAUGAAACCCCGGAGUAGAGCCGUCAAUCCCUACAUGACACGUCGAGAUGGCUGUCAUAUAAACCUUCAAUGUGAAAAAAAAGGCCCAGCUCAAAAAGCUCUUGCAAGAACAUCAAAAUGUCCACCGAAGAGCACUGAAAAGGAGAAACUCCUUUAACCUGACACCAACCCUCAAAUGCAUGCCACUUACAUGUAUACAACUCUCUCGUAGAGGGCGCACGCGCCGACUGUAUAGUCGUAAUCACAUUUGAGGGUAAACCCCUAACCGUCAAAUUCAACCUUUCAGUGGCCAAACCCACAGAUCCCAUUUCUGUGGUCAUGGGUGCCAAACUCUCACGUGCGCCUGGGACAAUAGAUCCCGAUGACACGGAAUCCUCCACAGGUCCCCGCCCAACAGACGGAUGAUCUCCGGGAACCAGGGUGUCUGGGAAAACGGGGAGCCACCAGAAUCAACAACAGGAAACGCAUAGAGCAGGGUCCAAGGCCACUGAUACGCCAAAGCCGUUCCCAACGGAGCGGCCAGAUCCCUCAUAAAGAUGAACAGAUGACAAUUAGCAUUUUCUCGAGAUCUACGUCGGCCCUGCAGAACUGGUCCCAUAUCUGGGCAACCACCGAGGGUUGCAGUCUCCACUCCGUAGAGAUAGGACCCCCUGGAAAGUAGACCCACACCCACAUUGAGAGAUCCGGGAAGAUACGUCACCCUGAGCGACAGGAAAUGCGCACUGCUUCAUACGAGCAGAUAACGGGCCAGGGUUUAGGAGAGCGAGAGAGCGAGAGAGCGUGUUUCCCCCUACAUGUUGAUGUACAUCACCGCCAUCCUGUUGUUGGACCUUACCAACACAUGCUGGCCCUCCAACAUUGGAAGAAAAUGUCUCAGUGCCAGCAAAACAGUCAGUAGCUCUAGGUAAUUGAUAUGCAGCAUCCUUUGUGCUGUUGACCAAAUCCCUCUUUCCAAGUAGCCCUCACACAGCGCUCCCCAUUCCAGUAAGGAUGUGUCUGUCGUGAUCACCCUACGGGACACUACCAGCUUGGCAGUGUGGAGCUCCACCUGUUCCCCCUCGACUCCGCUACGACCAGCCAAUCGUGCAGAUAGGCCAAUACUCUGAUUCCUUGGCACUGCACCGGUGCCCAAGCCACCGUAGAAAAGAUGCAGGGCGAUAUGGCGAGCCCAAAAGGCAGGACCAGAAACUCUUAGGCCACACCCUCGAAAUGAAACCUCAGCAACGUUUUGUGGGGAGGAUGUAUAGCCACCUGAAAAUAUGCAUCCUUCAGCUUUAUGGUAUUUAAAACACUCAAGUUUCAUCGCUCUUAGGAAAUAAGAAGUACCGGCUGUACCAACCGCUCUGUACUUCUGACACGGGGACCACCCGAAUAGCCUGCUUUUGAAGGAGAGAGGAAAUCUCCUCACUCAAGACAGCGCUAGGACCUCGGGGACCAUUGACAUAAUGACAUCACAAAAAGGAGGAGGACGCACAGCGAACUGCAGGCCGUACCCCCUCGUCACCAUCCUCAUCACCCAUGGUGAAACUGCGCAUGCCCCCCACUGGACAGAGCACACUGCCAGCAUCCCAUACAUUAUCUCCUGAAGGGGGGGCAGUGCGCCACCCUGAGGACUGGGAUAAUUAGUUUUUUUUGUCAUGCUUGUUCUCAUAUCCACCACUCUUGACAACCGUGUGUCUGAAUGUGGGGAAGAAACUGUGUUGAUUAUGCCCACACCUGGUCGAUACCGCACUCUCGAUACCCCUGAAGACGAAGGAACCUUGGAUAGAAACAAUGUGCUUUCUUGGUACCGCUGUUCUGAUACCCAGCCCACACCGGGUUCGGGGACCUCGGCAACCAGUAACUUGCCCCUAUUGACCAAGCCACUUGGGAGCACUGUUGCCACAGUAAAGGAGGGCCCCGAGUACACUCCCCCUCCCCGGCCUCCAGCUAGGGUCGUGAGGUCUGCUCCUUGCCCUGCGCCGCGGAAGAAUCACAGUCAAAAACCGACCUCGAAGCUGCCCUCUGGCCUGGGGCAACCCCGCCUCUAACCUGGACCCUUUCCUUCUUCAAAGGAUUUCUGUGGGAAAAAGGACCCAUGGAGCUGCGUCCUGUUUUUGUUUCUCCUUGAAACGGGCCUGUAAGGACUCCAUAGCCGAGCCAAACAACCUUGUUGGCAAAACUGGUUCAUCCAAAUACAUCUGCCUGUCCCUCUCAGGAAUGACACCCUCAUCCUGGUAUACUUUGUCCAGCUGAUCAACCGAGAAACGGCACUGUUUAUUUGGAAGCACUGUGCUAGGAUUAGCCGUGUUGUUAGCCUCUGGAGCUAAGUAACUCGCCAGCUUUUCAUCCAUCGGUGGUGUGCAAACAAGCCCCACCUCCACCAUACACUCUACAUUCAUGAACUCGCCAUAACCUGGUAGCAGCAGCCUGGCUGAAUGAGGGGAAUCCCAGGUCACCCCUUUAGCGCAUUGGCAAAAUCUUUAAACAGGGGUAAGCGACGCUGUACCACUGCAGGGAUACCUCCCAAACCUGAAGACGACCAAUCCACUCUCCGGUGAUCUGUCACCCUACGACACAGAUCCAUCAAAGGCGCAUUAACCACCAAUGGUUCACUCUCCCCAGCUGAAUCCAAAGCCGGGGCUUUAGGCUCCUCCGGACUCAUCCGAUUCACACUAUGAAACCUUCCAGAGCCAACCAGGGAUAGUAUAUCAUCCCCGGAAUCCGGACUCUGAACACUGCCAGAGAAACUGGAAUGAGCCUCACUCGGCUGGGGUGACACCCCUAUCAUCUCCGACCACCGCUGUGGCUCUCUGCCGGCCUCAGACAACCCCAUUCCUGAGGUCGCUUCACUGGAACACACUUCGCAAGCAGCCCCAGUUUUUCUGCAGCGACUGUAUGUUUUACCGAGUGACCAACUGAAAGAGAACUAAUCCUAUCAUGUCAAAUAUCCUGUCACUCUUCAUUCAUCUCUCUCGCUCUCUCUCUCUCUCUCUCUCUCGCUCGCUCGCGCUCCCUCUCUCUCUCUCAGUAUCUCCUCUUUCUCUCUCUCGCCGUCACCACUGUAGUGUAAAUGAGCGAGGGAUUGUCUCUUUGUUCUGAGGUGGCAUCACUAUGUGUAAUCAGCUCUCCAAUGUCAGUUCAUUUUCAUUCGCUCAACAUGAAAGUGUGCUGGAGAAACUGACUGCCAACAGGCAGAGCCAAGGUAGGAGGGGGCUCUGAUGUUAUGAACGUGUUUGAAUGUUUGAACUAACUGGCUAUGGAUGUGUCCCAGUGAAUGUGCAACCAGAAAACCUUAGAUGUAAUGAACUACUGACAAUUACACACACACACACACACACACCUGCAAUGAAACUGGAACACCACCAGAGAAAAUGACCCCAUGGGUCUCCCGGUCGCGGCCGGCUACAACAGAGCCUGGAUUCGAAACAGGAUCUCUAGUGGCAUAGCUAGCACUGCGAUGCAGUGCAUUAGACCACUGCGCUACUCAGGAGAUUAAACACAAGGCCAAAUAUACACUGGAGUUGCUUACAUUUUAGUCAUUUAGCAGACGCUCUUAUCCAGAGCAACUUACAGGAGCAAUUAGGGUUAAGUGCCUUGCUCAAGGGCACAUCGACAGAUUUUUCACCUAGUCGGCUCAGGGAUUAGAACCAGCGACCUUUCGGUUACUGGCACAACGCUCUUAACCACUAAACCUCUUAACCAUUAAACUACCUGCCGCCAUGGCCACCUAAUCAUCCCCUGCUUCUAAUUGGCUCAUUCAUCUCCCCUGUAACUAUUAUCCAGGUUGUUGCUGUAAAUGAGAAUGUGUUCUCAGUCAACUUACCUGGUAAAAUAAGGGAUAAAUAAAAAAUACCUUCUGCUGUACGUCUUGAAUGAGCAAAUCCAUGUUCUCCUCUCGUCUUUCUGACAGGGCCAGCGGAUAGCGUCAUCACUAAAUGUCAGGGUCAGGAUAAAGUUAGUUGUUCAAACAUCAAACAAAACAAUUCAAGAGACCUUGCGGCCUUAACAUAUUGUGGCAUUAGCGGGUCCACUCCUUAGCUAGCUAACUAGAAGAACUAGGAGACGGUUGCUCAAGUUGAACCGGCGAACUGGGUUUUAUUGCCCUUGAAGUACAGGCUAACAGAGGGUUAGGAGGGCUGCCCAAAACAAUAAAAGCAUCUGGCUCACUCUAAUAACUUGGUGGAACUCAGAGGAGAGGUUAUCGUUGUCCAUUCAGUCUCGGUCUGACUCACUCUCCCUCUGCUCCCCCUCAACCCCCAAAACGAGUGGCCUAUAAGAGCUAUCUGAACGGUAACUCCUACCCUCAUACCUUCCCCAUGAGCCCUCUACACGAUAGACCUACAGGGUCGCUACAAUAUUAUUAGAUGCACUGCACUUACCUCUCUGCGGCUUUACAUUGCUCUCCAAUAUAUAUUGCAAACACACAAGACUGGGAUAUAAGUGUCAAUUGCGACUCCAAAUUGACAAAUGGGUGUCCUUAAAGUCCCCUUUUUCACAUUCUGUCUCCUCUACAGGAAUUCUGAGAUCUCCCCUCUCUUUUUCUAGCUCAUUCUCUCUCUCUCUCUCUCUCUCUCUCUCUCUCUCUCUCUCUCUCUCUCUCAAUGUUGCGAGGAAGAAAGGAUUUAAUUUGCAUCGUCUCCAUUUCAAAACGAGGAAGCUGAAUCAAUAAGCCACUUUAUAUAGUAACAUCUUCAUUACAAUACAGGCCAAGUAGAAAUUAAUAUGAAAAGAAAAUAGCUCUUGAUAAGGAGAAAGACUAAUACAGUGCCUUCAGAAACUAUUCACACCCCUUGAUUUUUUCCACAUUUUGUUGUGUUAUAGCCAGAAUUUAAAAUUGAUUAGAUUGAGGUUUUGUGUCACUGGCCUACACACAAUACCCCAUAAUGUCAAAAUGGAAUUAUGUUUUUAGAAAUUGUAAUACAUUUAUUAAAAAUAAAAGUCUAAAUUUCUUGAGUCAAUACGUAUUCAACCCCUUUGCUAUGGCAAGCCUAAAUAAGUUCAGGAGUCAAAAUGUGCUUAACAAGUCACAUAAUAAGUUGCAUGGGCUCACUCUGUGUGCAAUAAUAGUGUUUUGGGCGGCGCACUCAUGGGCGGCGCACAAUUGGCCAAGCGUCUUCCAGGAUAGGGGAGGGAAUGGCCGGCAGGGAUGUAGCUCAGUUGAUAGAGCAUGGCGUUUGCAACGCCAGGGUUGUGGGUUCGAUUCCCACUGGGGGCCAGUAUAAAAAAAAAAAGUAAAUUAUUCACUAACUGUAAGUCGCUCUGGAUAAGAGCGUCUGCUAAAUGACUAAAAUGUAAAUGUAAUAUAUGUUUAACAUAAUUUUUGAAUGACUACCUCAUCUCUGUAUCCCACACAUACAAUUACAGUGGGGAAAAAAAGUAUUUAGUCAGCCACCAAUUGUGCAAGUUCUCCCACUUAAAAAGAUGAGAGAGGCCUGUAAUUUUCAUCAUAGGUAGACGUCAACUAUGACAGACAAAUUGAGAAUAAAAGAUCCAGAAAAUCACAUUGUAGGAUUUUUAAUGAAUUUAUUUGCAAACUAUGGUGGAAAAUAAGUAUUUGGUCAAUAACAAAAGUUUCUCAAUACUUGGUUAUAUACCCUUUGUUGGCAAUGACACAGGUCAAACGUUUUCUGUAAGUCUUCACAAGGUUUUCACACACUGUUGCUGGUAUUUUGGCCCAUUCCUCCAUGCAGAUCUCCUCUAGAGCAGUGAUGUUUUGGGGCUGUCGCUGGGCAACACAGACUUUCAACUCCCUCCAAAGAUUUUCUAUGGGGUUGAGAUCUGGAGACUGGCUAGGCCACUCCAGGACCUUGAAAUGCUUCUUACGAAGCCACUCCUUCGUUGCCCGGGCGGUGUGUUUGGGUUCAUUGUCAUGCUGAAAGACCCAGCCACGUUUCAUCUUCAAUGCCCUUGCUGAUGGAAGGAGGUUUUCACUCAAAAUCUCACGAUACAUGGCCCCAUUCAUUCUUUCCUUUACACGGAUCAGUCGUCCUGGUCCCUUUGCAGAAAAACAGCCCCAAAGCAUGAUGUUUCCACCCCCAUGCUUCACAGUAGGUAUGGUGUUCUUUGGAUGCAACUCAGCAUUCUUUGUCCUCCAAACACGACGAGUUGAGUUUUUACCAAAAAGUUAUAUUUUGGUUUCAUCUGACCAUAUGACAUUCUCCCAAUCCUCUUCUGGAUCAUCCAAAUGCACUCUAGCAAACUUCAGACGGGCCUGGACAUGUACUGGCUUAAGCAGGGGGACACGUCUGGCACUGUAGUGUGUUACUGAUGGUAGGCUUUGUUACUUUGGUCCCAGCUCUCUGCAGGUCAUUCACUAGGUCCCCCCGUGUGGUUCUGGGAUUUUUGCUCACCGUUCUUGUGAUCAUUUUGACCCCACGGGGUGAGAUCUUGCAUGGAGCCCCAGAUCGAGGGAGAUUAUCAGUGGUCUUGUAUGUCUUCCAUUUCCUAAUAAUUGCUCCCACAGUUGAUUUCUUCAAACCAAGCUGCUUACCUAGUGCAGAUUCAGUCUUCCCAGCCUGGUGCAGGUCUACAAUUUUGUUUCUGGUGUCCUUUGACAGCUCUUUGGUCUUGGCCAUAGUGGAGUUUGGAGUGUGACUGUUUGAGGUUGUGGACAGGUGUCUUUUAUGCUGAUAACAAGUUCAAACAGGUGCCAUUAAUACAGGUAACGAGUGGAGGACAGAGGAGCCUCUUAAAGAAGAAGUUACAGGUCUGUGAGAGACAGAAAUCUUGCUUGUUUGUAGGUGACCAAAUACUUAUUUUCUGGAAAGAAAAAUCUCAAUUUGUCUGUCAUAGUUGACGUAUACCUAUGAUGAAAAUUACAGGCCUCUCUCAUCUUUUUAAGUGGGAGAACUUGCACAAUUGGUGGCUGACUAAAUACUAUUUUUCCCCACUGUAUCUGUAAGGUCCCUCAGUCGAGCAGUGAAUUUCAAACACAGAUUCAACCACAAAGACCGGGGAGGUUUUCCAAUGCCUCGCAAAGAAGGGCACCUAUUGUUAGAUGGGUAAAAAAAAUGAAUAUCCCUUUGGCUUCGAGCAUGGUGAAGUUAUUAAUUACACUUUGGAUGGUGUAUCAAUACACCCAGUCACUACAACGAUACAGGCGUCCUUCCUAACUCAGUUGCUUUAGAGGAAAGAAACCGCUCAGGGAAUUCACCAUGAGGCCAAUGGUAACUUUAAAACAGUUAUAGAGUUUAAUGGCUGUGAUAGGAGAAAACUGAGGAUGGAUCAACAACAUUGUAGUUACUCCACAAUACUAACCUAAAUGACAGUGAAAAGAAGGAAGCCGUACGGAAUACAAAUAUUCCAAAAUAUGUAUCCUGUUUGCAAUAAGGCACAAAAGUAAAACAGCUGAAUACAAAGCGUUAUGUUUGGGGCAAAUCCAACACAACACAGUGACGUGUGUUUGCCCCAAACAUAACACAUAGGUUACUAGAAGUAAAAAAACAAAGUCAAAAGCCUGUGGUCUAGCUAGCAGUAACGCUGCCAGACACAUGUAUGCUCCUUUUCCCACCAGAGACUGGGCUUCAAUCCCCCCUUCAAUCUAUGUCUCCCAUCUGCCUGUAUCCCCUCUGA